AUGACGCAGUCUGCUGACCAACUGAGAACAAUCUUAGACUCACGGCAUGCAGAAGACAACCUCCAUGUCACGAUCUUCCUCGCUCUUAUUUGUGCGAUGGGCACGCCGGGUAAUUUCCUGACCGUCCUGGUCAGCGCGAGACGAAGGGAGAAGUCCUCGGCCACCAUCUUUGUUCUGACCUUGGCCGUGAUUGACCUUGCGGUUUGUGGUGUCGUGGUGCCCUUGAAGCUUUACGAACUGAACCACGGGACAUACUCGGGACCGGCGUGGUGCCGGCUCAACCCUUACCUCACGGCGGCAAGCCUUCUCAGCGCCGGCUUCGUGCUGCUGGCUGCGGCCGUGGACCGGUACAGGGCCGUCUGUCGGCCUGUGCAACACUUCUCACUCAGGUAA